AUGGCAUCGCCUUUCGGAAAAGGUGAUAUACAGAAAAGGGCUCUAAUUUUCCCACCUACUAGUUUAUAUGGGACAUUCGUAGCGAUUGCUGUCCCUAUUGAUCUUCCGGACAAGAACGUCUUCGUGUCUUACAACUUUGAAUCAAAUUACAGUGUUGUGACAAAUAUAACUCAGAUCGACGAAGCUCUUUUCCCAAAUCUACCGAUCAUCAGCUCACGUCAUACCAGGAGUGUAACGCGGGAAUUAGCCUACACAGUGUUGGAAGCCCGAUUCAAGGAGCAUGGCAUGAACGGUAAAGAGUGUUUGCUACGUAACAUCUGCGAGGCGGCGGAAACUCCGCUUCACCACAACGGUCUACUGGGACAUAUUAUGCAUAUAAUUUUCACGCCAUCAUCAUCUCGCGAAGAAGGCAUAGACGACGUAUACUACGAGGCAGAGUUAGAUGGUCAAAAUGGUGACUGUGACAAAUACCUCGACGACUGCCCCUUUAGCCUAUUUGAUGCUAUAACUCGAUUAGUUGAAAUACGACACUAA